UACCCACUUCAGGUACCAUAGUACGUUACAGACAACAUGACUCUUUCCUUACAACAGGAGAUGGAACGCAUCUACGACGACAGGAUGAUGGAUAUGAUACCUGAACGACUCAAGGCACUGCUGCAAGACGAAACACUGCCUCUCUGUAGUUGCUGUGGCGUCCACGAAUCCAAUCCGUCUUUUCAGUGUCAGAACUGCCGUUUGGAGUGUUACUGCUCCGAGUCUUGUCGUGGAUCCCAUUCCAAAAAUCACUACUCCAUCUGCCAUCACCACUGUCAAAUGAGACAGAAUCCUGAAAUGCCCCGAUCCACACCGCGCAUUUCCUUGGCACGGGGAGACGAUGUGCGAAUUUUGGCGGGUGUCGCCAAUCGCAUUCGAUGGGCGGAUUAUUUGGUGCAGCUGGGAACACGUCUUCAAGCUACAUGUAGUAAGACAAGCCAUUUUUACUUGCGACAAGCGCUCAAAACCUACUUGCACUGUCUCGUGUGGGGCGCCCGACGCAUUCAUCACGGACUUGCGGCCGAACCGAGAGCCCUCUGUCUCAUGGCGCUAUUGGGCGGGGAUGCCCAGUUGCUCUUGGAUUGGUAUUCGUAUACUUCCAGUUGGGAUUCUCCCGAGAAUCCACAAGACGAAAACGAUGUUUCGCCCGCUCCAUCCGAUCAGAGUCGACAAAAAGCUCAGUAUCCGCUCUUGGCACUUCAUGGUCUUUUUGAACAAGACACGGAAGACGCGGACGAUUGCGUCUUUUCAAACAUGUACUUGUUGGUGUGCAUCCGUUCGUUGGCGAGGCAUCGCAAGCUCGUCACAGGGUUUGCAACCUACAAGGACGUGUGUACGACAGUACCUGAGGUCGUCCAAGACCACAUUGCUUCGUUUUUGUGGAGCCGCAGCGACCAGGAGUACGCCGCCGCAUUGGCCGAGGAUGAAAUUGUUCGUGUGAUUCAGCAUAUACAAGAGCACAAACGCGAUGGGAGAUUGUUCUUGCGUCAACUGCAGAGCCACGUUCCGUUGACACCCGAAGAGGCGCCCCAGUUGUUGGCGGGGAAACGGGGCGAGCGGAAUUUGGACGGCAUACCCGACGCUUCAGCGCUUCCCGAGUUGUGGACGUCGUAUCAAGCAUGUUUUGGCCAUACCGAACUGGCCGAAUUCUUUUUGCCCCAACAUGAUAAGGAAAAGAAGGAUUAGGCGGCUGUCUCGAGCCAGGGAGAAUGUACGUUGUUG